AUGUCUGCAUAUGAUGUCCCAAGCUCACCUGCACAGUCUCCAUCACCAACACUGAGUCAUGACAUGUCCGGAUUUUCUUUUCCAUUGAAUGGGCAACCCAAUAGCCUGCCAGAUACAUCUGCUGGCUCCGUUGCACCACAUAACACCAUUGUCAAUAAGCCAUCAAUUGAGAUGCUCGGCAGGGUGUCAUUCUUUAGACACUGUUACAUCCAGUACAAGGGAACCAAGCAGCCAUCGGACGACACUGCCCCGACGCGCCCCUCGGGCUUGCACGCGCGCCGUGGCACACCACCUGGGAGUGCUUUGCCCGCCUCGCCCUCACGCACCUCCCAGUCGUCCACGCGGUCAUCGGAGGCGCGUGCGAUGCAUCUGCUGCGCACGCAUAUACGGCCACGCUCAACGCCGCGGCGACCACCGCGGGCGGGCCUGUGCUGCGCAUCGUCACCGAGUGCGCGCCGCUGUCGGUCGUGCGCCAGUGAGAGAACGCCGCGCGCGUGGGCCCAGGUGUGUGGGAGGCUGCGGAGGGUGUCGUCCGCGUGCGCGGCCUUGUUUGAUAUCCUGUAA